CACAUAAUGCAAUUGCCACGGACAUUGUUGCUUCUCGGUUGCUGCUUUCUGGCAUUGACGCUCGUGACGGCGGCACCCGUCGGUCAAGAGGAACCAUUUUUCGAACUUCCGGUGCACCUGAUUGGCUUUCCGAUAAUUAUAGCGAGCGUAAGAAUCGCCAAUUUCUUCAAGAAGCUCGCUUAUAUUUUGAAUCCAGAGACCUAUGUCAGUCGAGUGAAGCGGGCGCACACACAUUUCUCUACGCACGACGAAGAGAUUUUAGACAUUGACCAAGUUGAGAAGAAGCUAGUAACCGAGUUUGGAAAUAACGUUUGUAUCUACGAAAGGAUUUGUGUUGAAUAUGCAGAACGAAUGCUUCGAAGAAAAAAUCGGCAACUUGACUGGAGUAUUCUUGAUUGGGACGAAGUGUUCAGCGAGUACAAGUCAUCGUCCAAUUUGACAAAGGAAAAUUAUUUGCUGAGUAUCUUCCUGGGCAACAUUAUUAGCAGUCCAAAGUUAUGUCAUUCAUUAGCGGAAAGAGGAAGAGGCUGCGACAAUGGCACCUUAUCUGAUUAG